AUGGCAGCAUCCAAGGACGUGGAGCAGGCCCCAAGCAGUCAUCACGUUGAAGGUGAUGAGCCUUCCAAAUCUGAGCUUCAAGUGAAUGUCCCUGAGGAACGACAAUCUCUGAUUCGAAAGAAGUUCGAUCGCAGAGUUCUGCCUAUUGUCUGUAUACUCUAUGUUUUGUCUUAUCUGGACAGGAGCAAUAUUGGUAAUGCAAAGACGGCUGGGCUCGAAAAAGACCUCGACUUGAGCGACUAUCAAUGGUCCUGGGUUUUGUACUCUUUUUACAUUUGCUACAUUCUGUUCGAAUGGACUACGGUACUUUGGAAAAUCUUCCCUGCACACAUCUACAUCGCCGUGCUGUGUAUCUGCUGGGGUGCAGCUGCCAUGUGCACUGGUGCUGUUAAUCGCUUCUCACAGCUUCUUGCCUGUAGAUGUCUUCUUGGAAUCUUUGAAUCCAUAUUUGGCGCUGGAGCACCUUACUUUCUCUCGCUCUUCUAUCAGAGAAAAGAGCUCGGCUUCAGAGUUUCGUUGCUUCUAGGAAUGUCGCCUGUCGCCAAUUGCUUUGCCUCGGCUCUUGCAUACGGUAUCACUCAGAUCAAGGGUUCUCUCGAGCCAUGGCGGUAUCUGUUUAUCAUAGAGGGCGCACCAACGGUUCUGUAUUCUCUCGUGAUCUUUCUAUUUCUUCCUGAUUCCCCGGGAAGUGCGAAGUUUCUCGAUGAGACUGAGCAGACUGAGGCUGUGGAACGUCUUCAAACAAUUGACCGGACCGCCAAAAACAAACUACAAUGGAAACAAGUGACUAGUGGUCUGAAGGACUAUAAGAAUUAUGUCCACAUGAUGAUCCAUUUCUGUUGCAACUUCUCCUUCUCAGGUCUAUCUAACUUUCUGCCGACCAUUUUGCAGACUAUGGGAUAUACUUCAGUCAACGCUCAAGGCCUAGCAGCGCCCCCUUACUUUGCUUCAUUUAUCUGUUGCAUCGUUGCUGCGAUAGUCUCCGAUCGUUGGGGAAACCGUGGCUUUGUGGUCACAUUCUUCGCCAUCCUAGGCACCAUUGGAUACAUUAUCCUAACGUGUGUCACUGACGAAUCGAAGACCGGGGCACGCUAUACAGGAAUCUGGUUUGCAACAUGCGGAAUCUUCCCUGCGUUGGCAAUCAACAUCACCUGGUUAUUGAACAACCAGGGAGGCGAAAGCAAAAAAGGAGCCGGAAUGGCCAUGCUCGCCAUUUUCGGACAAUGCUCGAGUCUGAUUAGCAGCUCGGUCUUUCCCAACAAGGAUGCGCCAUUCUAUACCACUGGAUGUGCUCUUGGCUGUGCCUUUACUGGCUUGAUUGCCAUCUUAGCAAUUGGACUGCAUGUAUCGUUGAGAUUGGAAAACGGCAGACGGGAUCGAUUAUAUGGAGAAGUCAGUGAGCAUGACCGAGUAGAUGUGACCGAAGGAGGAGACCAGAACCCUAGCUUCCGUUAUUUGACUUGA